ACUGAGCGUCCGACCUGCGAACGAGCUUGUGCUGACGGGAGCGCGCACAGCAAUCAUGCCCCAUCCCUCGCUCGUUUUACCAUUGUGGAAAAACAGAGGAAGAAAUUCGUCUUUUACCAGCAAUCUCGCGGUCUUUUAGCGCUUGUUCUGUUGCCAGCUUAUUAGUAAAUGAUCCGGAAUUUUUGUUUGAACACACGUCUUUAAUUAGUCAUUUCCCUCGCAAGUCAAUGUGUCAAAGGGGGCAGCGAGACACAAGAAAGGUCCAGCUGUGUUGGUGUGUGUCGGGGCUCAUUCUUCAUCUCGCAGGCCGUUCUGUUCACUUGAUGCUGUCCACACCGCUGACGGUGCUCAGUUUGGGGAUGUAAACGCUGGGAAGCCACUCUAACGGACUCCAACUGAUGGGACUCGACGAGUGUUUAAUCCCGGAACAAUGAGUCUGUAGGUGCCGGAGCGUGCACCAAAAGGUAAGUCAAGACUCCCCCUGGAUCUUAUUUAACGUUUAUUAAACCUACUAGUGGUGAGCUAGGGCUAAGAAAGAAAACAAGGUUUCGUCCAUACAGGUGGUGUCCUGUAACACGAGCUGCUUCAUCGACGAGGAAGAAGUGUAUGAUACCUGCCAUUCCUACUGAAAUACCUGGGAAAUGUUGACCUAUUCCAUUCAUUCAUUGCAUUAUCAAAGUGCAUAGCCUACCAGAGAAUCAUAGAUAAUGAAGUGGACCAUCUGAUAGGUUCCAUUAAAAUAUCUGUGACAGCAGGCUGGGAUUCUGUGAUGACCGUAGCCUGUACAUUGAAUUUGUUUGCUGGAUUGAGAAUGGUGAUAAAACUGGGCGACUAGGUGUAAGAUGACUGUAAAUUGCAGAGAUAAGACAUCGAGUUAACACUCUGUUGAUGAUAAAAUGGAAAGCUAAUCGGCAGUAGAAACAAACAAGCUCAAAUGGGUAUUGGACAUAGCUACUGACUUGAGGCAGUUUCUGACUCAAGAACAUGAGUCUCAUGCCAACACAAAGCUUACAUACAUUGCAGGAAUUGUUGGGAACAUAAAGCAUCUGUGUUUUUUUUUGUAAUACCUCUUUAUAUUUGUAUUUUUAUAGCUGUUUAGGCUACUUAUAAAUUCUUAGACAAACAAAUCAAAAAUUUGACUGGUAAACAAUGUGUUGUGCAUUUGCUUAUAUUUUUUAGACGUAAAACUGCCUUGAAAGAUUGGCAAAAAACAUAACUCUCUUAAAAAAUAUAAUUUGACACCUAACCAUUUGAAGUGUAACCCCACCUCAUCCUUAAGGUUGGAGUAAAAUUUGGAUUACAGUCACACAGUCACAGGUCAGAGAAAGGCCAUGAAGCCAAUGAUCAUAUUUACUGCUCAAACGGUCUUGCCUUCAAGUGACAGUAGGUACUAUACUAUAAAGCCUUGCAACAGAUCCUACUGGGUACUGCAUCUCACAGGGUACUGCAUAUGUGACAUUUUGUGACUGUGUUCACCCAUAUUUUCAACUUUCUCAUUUUUGACUCCAAUACAACACAUUGACUGAGAUAGAGUUGGCAUGGAAGUUAUGACAAUGAGAGGAGACCUAAAUAAAAAUCCUCUCUUUGAUUACUUCACCUCUCUUGCCCCAGCUUAAACUGAACACUGAUUUAUAAAAAAUAUUUGGAAGUUCAAUUUUUUUUUUUUUUUUUUUUGGUCACAGUUCACUUUAAUCGUAUUCAUGUUUCCAGGACAAACUCUAAACCCUCUGCCAUAUGGUGUGCAGUGAUCCAGCCACAGUCAUAGCUGGAGGUAGCUUAACAUAAACAGGAAGAGUGCCUCUAGGGUAACAUUUGUGAUGCAAAAUUCACUUACUCUGUGACAAGCUGGUCCCCCAGUUAAAGACAAAAUUGUAACCUUAAACAGCAUGUUAGAUUCUGGUUUGUAUCCUAUUUAAAACUUGUAUCACUUUUAAAGCUUAUCAAUUUAUAAACUCCCUCUGCGCUGUGACUCGUGGUCAACUUCAACUUUUACUCUAGAUUUCUACUUUUGGAAGGAAGGUGAAGACAGGGUAUCAAAAAUUGCUGUAGAAAAGACAUUAACACUGUUGUAAUCUUUUCAUUAACUUUGCAGAGUACUUAUGAAAACCAUUUCAAAUAUGGUUAAAGUGGUUGUAGACUAACCAAAAAAAUAAACACAUUCUGUGUAAAAUGUUAGCCUUAAUUCAUUUCGUCUUUUUCAUGGACCAGCUAAAUACAAUGAAUUUGGAGGUUCCUCACACUUGUAGCAUAGGUUUGAGCAGUGCUCCAGGUGGAAUACAAGUGCUAUAGUUCUCCCCUUUUUUACUUGUUGGCACAUGCCUUUGCAGCAAGUAUAAUUAAAAUAGCAAGUAUGAGUAAAUCUAUUCAAAAGCAUUUGUACUAAGUUAUAAAUUUCUACAGAUAAUAAAAGAUACCAUGAGGUAAUGCUGAGUUUUGCAAUAUUUAUUACAAGAAAAAAAAACAAAAAACUUGAACGUGUCACACAAACAGAGAAUCUAUGCGUCUUAUAAUCACCAUGCUCCUAUAGUUUUCCAUCAGGCUCUAUAAACUAGCUUUAGUUUCUUUUAGUAACAAUAGUUUAAUCUCCAAGGAAAAUGGACAAGUAAGCAUCAUGUAAUGCCCAUAGAAGGAUGCAAGCAUCAUGUUGUGUGCCAUAGGUAAUGUGAUUUAAGUGUUUUUAUGAAUCCCCAGGAGCGACUGCGUUAUGGGGAGAACAGGAAAAGGUACUUGCAGCUGGUACGAAGCUUUGCUCAACUAAGAGGGUAAAAUUUACCAAAGCAUUCGUACCCAGCUAAAGCACUAAGUUUGAGGUGAUCAAAUGAAGAAGAAAAAUAUUCAUUAGAGGGAUAGUUUGAUAUUGUUUGAAGUGGGGAUGUAUGAGUUCCAUGUCACUAGUAAGCUUACCAGCCACAGUGGAUGCUGGUCAGCUCUGCCCCUCCUCUUUGACGAGAAACUGUAGGGAGAACUGGCAUGCAUGUUAGGCUACAGUUUCCUGCAGAUGAGGCCAAGUCUUCCAUGAUAUUUCACACAUUUUGUGUGACUCCAAUUUAAGACUUUUAUUGUGUUGAUGUGUUUUUUACUGAUUUAACUACUUUACUGAUGUGUCAUUUUAAUUGUUCUGUAAAGUGUCCUUGAGUGCCCUGAAAGGCACCUAUAAAUAAUAAUAAUAAUAAUAGUAAUAAUAAUAAUUAUUAUUAUUAGCCUUAAUGCCUUAUAUCUCUCACAGCGGUAUAUUACAAUAACAUUAUUUCAGCCUACAAGCCUACUUUCCUCUGAUUGGCCACAUUUUUGGAGGCAGAACUUAAAGUUUUGGCCUCACCCUCCCAUAGUGGUCAAUCAUUAGAGUAGUGGAGGCUGUUCCGCUUUACUGGAAGCACAGAUUAAUUAGUAGGGAGAGCCUAUAGUGCUGACGCAGCUAGGGCUGCAACUAAUGAUUGUUUUAAUAUUCAACUAGUCACCAACUGAUCGGAUAAUUAUGAAUUUAUCUGAAUUAUAAUAAUUAUGAACUUAUCUAGGCUAAAGUGCUCCCAAACUAUGGAGGUCUUUAAGCCCAGACUCGUAGCUGCUGUAUGGGACGCCGGCACUGCCAUGUUUGAAUGUCUGGUGACAAUAGUUGACAUUUGAAUUCAUUGUUGACUUUUUUCAUAAUCAAUUUUUGUCGACAAUGUCGACAAAUCGUUGCAGUCUGGUUGCAGCCAUUUAUUGAGUUGUGUUUUCUCACAAGGUUUUGAGCAGUUCACAUCUACUUUUUAAGAUUAUGACAAAACAUGUUUACCCUAAACUUUGCAUACAUCUAGUAGGGACACCAGUUUUUGUUGUAAAUGUAGAAAAGCAUGAUACCACCCCUUUAAUAGUUCUUAAACUUGAUCCUUUGUAGCCUUUUUCUAUAUUGUUCAAAAAUAUUGAGUGUUGAUAGUUUGCUGGUCUGAUGUCGUAAGUGCAGCAGAGGAAAAAUUGACUUCAUAGAGAAACUGCUUUCACUUACCUCUCUUGAUUGGUAGGUCAGAGGUUAAGGACUUAGAAGAACUUCUGAACAUAAUUAUUUUUGAUUUUCUGAUGACUUGAGCUGAUCGUGUUCCCAUGGCUUGGUUUAUAUAGUUGGGCUGCAUCCCUGUUGUACAAGUGGAACUCUGAACAGACAGGAAGCUGCAUUUGCCCUCAACAUGUUGUUGUCGUUGUUGUUUCAGUCUUUGUGUGCAAGUGCUUGUGCUUACUGUGCUUACAAAGUAGUUAAAGUAGUUCUACCCACUCUAGAGACAUCAUUGUACAGAAUAUGAAAUGCAAACUGUCCUCUCUGAUAACACUCAAGGGUGCCAACAUCCCAAAUAAAUUGAACCUCUAAGACAAUGUUUCAUUCAGAGCUAUAAAUCUACCAGUUACUGCAAACUAAACAUAAGCCCUGCGUUUCCAAAAUAGUCAGCAACAAAAUGGGGAUGUGAUUGGAAGCUCUGAUUAGCUGGAAUCAGAUAGCUUUCCCUUUUUUCCUGAUUGUUAGGUCAAGUGGACCUCCUACCCUGCUGUCAAGUAUCUCUAAAUAUGAGAACAAGUUUGAUAUCACUGUCAAACAGAAAUUAAACAAUUCAUGGCUGGCCAUUAGUUCUCAUCAAGCUGCAUAAGGGACAACCCAAUCAUACACAUCAUAUCAAGUCAAAACUGGUGUUAUACUGUCCAGGCAACAGCAAAAGAGCAUAGCAUAGCAGAGACUCCGAUGUUGCUGAUCACUGCAAUCCUUUGCUUCAUGUCAGGGUCCUGCUACAUAAUAAAUCAUCCUUCGCUUGAAUGUACAUCACGCUGUCUUUAAAUGAAGGCUGUGUAGAACUAACCAGCUUUCAAAACACUAUUAAGAAACAGUAAGUGUAUAGUUAGCUGGUGCAGUGGCGGCUGCUGGUCUUUCAGGGAGGGGAAGCUCAUUUUUUCCCCAGCCUACAUCAUAAAUGUGUUUAUUUAUAUGUAAAUUCUACCCUCCGUUCCUUUUCUAGAAAAUGAUCUGUGACCCUGUCGUGACACAGUAGAGUUGCCAAACACAACUCUAGUUGUUUUUAACAAAGACAAGGUUGCUGAGGAUCAGUAGAGUCUCCGGAUCAGUUCAGAACAACAGAAUGAAAAACUUGCAAAAUGCUUAUCAUGUUCGCUGAUUUUCUCAUUUCACUGUCAAUAAAAAAGGGAUUCCGCUUCAGACAGAUCAUCCAAUCAUCAUGUGGAAGCCGAGCGUCUGGGCCAGCCCACUGCCCAAUAGACCCCCAGAAAAGCUGAGCGUCCAUGGACGGGACAAAGCCCAGCAUUUAUCCAAUGACUGUCUAGUUUCGUGUAGUGAAACAACCCACUCUACACUUCUCCAUUAAAGUCAGUAGACGCUCAGUGUCUGACUGAGGCUGUGUCUCAAUUCAGAGACUGCACCGGCGAAUGGCGCAUUUCAAGUGUGCGUGACGUCAUCACGUGGUGCUAACGGUGCCCCAUUUGGCUUGUGAUUCUGAGCAUGCAAAUGCGGUCCCAAAACCACCCGGCCCCUGCCCCCUUUUCAAGUGUGCAUUUAUGCACGCUUUCGUGGCCUUGGUAUCCCAGAAUUCUUUGCGUGCCGCUGCACAGCUGUGCAUUUCAGGUGAGAGGCUGGACUCGCUUGGAAAUCCAAAAACAGCAGACAGUCAGCUCAGGCUCCUUGAGCGCAUGAUCUCUUAACUCACUAAAAUCUGCAAACCAAACAUAAUACUCUGAUCCGCUCUGCUACCACAAUCAAAAACACUAGAAACAAGAAAGCUGACAAAACUACAUCGGAGUAUCAGGGCCACAUCGAGAAGUUUUUUUUAAAGACUUGCUCUGAUACUAAAAGACUGCACCAGCGGGUCAUUCAGAGAGUUUCUGUGGUUUUUCAAGAAACAAUCCAACUGAUGAUCAACAUUUGUGAUCCAGAGGGAGUCGGGCUCAGACAAACACCACGUCUCUGACACCGACGGUAGCCUACACCUGCAGAAACACCAAUGCCUUAUUAUGGCAUAUGGAUUCAUAUCAUAAAAUAAAGCUCAAUGUCAUUCACAGAUAUUUACGGCUGCAUUUGCGGAUUUAUCCGCAGCAUAUCCAUAUCUGUCUCCACAAAAGCAGCGAUUUCCUCCAAGUCCACCUGUGUUUUUUCAUGAAAAAAAAUGCAUUUCUCAUAUAUUAUUUUUAAAUACCUUAUACUUAUGGCAAUGUGAUGCUAAUGUGCCAAAGAAUGAAGUAUCUCCUUGUUUGUGAAACCUAUACUGAAGCACAUUUCCUUUAAAUGCUCCAUGGCCCUAAUUUUAACAACUCUCCUUUGACAUAACAGCUAACCUUACGACUUUAUUCUCAUAAAUUCAUGACUUAAAUCUCGAAGUCUUGAGAUAAAAAAUUAUCAAUAUGGCACUCAUACUCCUUCAUACAAAACAAUCAUUGGAUGAAUUUUGUGGGAAUGAUCUGUGCUUGUAUGUAUCUGUUGUUUUGUGUCUGUGCAAGGUCGCACAAUAAAAAAAUAACUGCUGUGCUCCGCGGCUUUUCUUCAAGUCAGUCGUGAUGCGAGCCUGAGGGCGGGGACAUUUGGCAAUUUAACCAGGAAGUCCUACGUAGGGUAGACUGUCCCAAUCCACAAAAACCGGACCAUCUCCCCCAGGGUACUCAAGUUGCUAUUGCAGUAUUUUCAUCAGCUGCUUUUUGUGUUAAUCUGACAUUAAGCAUAAUAUUUGUAUUCAUGUUUAAGCCCAGACAUUAGAGUCAUAUGAAAGCUAUCCUCCACAUUGUUUAGCUGAAAGUGCGGUCUUUGCCACACUGUCAACAGGAAGAGGUAAAAUCAUGAAGAGUAGAGUAGGCGAUCUGGGACUCCUCUCUAUAUAUGUUUAUGUAUAUGAAAUUGGGUCAUCUCUUGUGUCACCUCUGCAAUUUGGGACUCAUGACUUUUAAUAAGGGCUUUUGACCCAUCACAGUCAAAUGAACAUAGCUGGGUGACUAGUAAGAAAGCCAGUGGAUGUGAAGUGUUUUGACAUAUUUUUUGAAAUACUAAUGUGAACUUUGAAGUGCUCUUUACUUAACUCUUAAAGCAAAAUACUAUAGCCUAUCAUCCUUUCCAAAAACAACAAGAGAUGAUAAUGACCCAUAAUUCAUAAACAUGUAAAACCGCAGGACAUUUAACUGUGAAGAGAAAGGACCUGUCAACAAGAUAGCAGGACAUUUGUAGUAGGGUUAGGGUUAGGAUAAGGUGAAUGGUCAUUACUGUAUUUAUUUGAACCUUAUCUACCAAAUUUCCUCUACAUUUGCAUUCCAACUUUAUUUUGGAUACUUUAUUUACCUUCAGAAAUAAUGCUCUGGGAGUGUUAGCAGACCAUCACAUCCUGCUUCCUGGACAAGUCAGAUUAAGUGACUUUUUCACAUCAGGGGUUAAUUAGCAGAAUUAUUUUUGUGUUCAUGAGGGAAUGAGCAGUUAGUCUGACCUAUGCUUGUAUCUGCUGAAUGUAUUCUCCAAGACUGAUGCAGUUGCUAUGCAACAAACAAUACAGUUUCCAGUCUGAUUCCAGUACGGUGGAGCAGACUGAGCUACCUAAUGUAAUUGUGAUUAACCUGUGGCAGAUCCUUUACAUAAAGGAUCCAAGCUGAACGAACUUGAAGGUUACAGAAAUCUUCAGGUGAUUGGCUUCAUACAAAAUACACCUUAAUUCAAAACCAGAUGAAUGUACCCUUAAUCCAAAGUGUGUCAAAAGGUAGUGAAGUGCUUAGUUUAUGGAGACUUUUGCAGUCUGGGAAUAACAAACUGAAACUUGAUUAAUUAAUCUUUACCUUCCGUUUGUAUAUGUCUGCUAUAAAUGAAACGAGUGAGUCCAUCCCCAAGCAAAGUCAUGAAGACAAAACCAAGGGCAUGAUCGUCCAUCUUCCUUCCCAGUUUUCCUCUUUUUGAAAACAAAAACAUGUCUUCACAUGACUGAACUAUCAGCCUCAUGAGUCUGAAUUAGAAAAUAUCUGUUGUUGUCCCAGAUUCUCUCUGAGGUGAAGGGUUAAAGCCAGUCCAGCUGAUCGUUUGUCACGUAAGGCUUGGGACUUCAAUUGAUAACUAUAAUGAGUGAAGAGUAAUGAGUGCUCAAGGGAAGUGAGAGAGAUUGAUGGUGUUUUAUUCCCUUGAGAGCCAUUGUAAUCCUUUAUGGGGACAAGGAGAGCUCUUCACCUGCUCUGAAAAGGUGCCCCCACGCACAGCGUGUAAACUGUCUGAUGCCAUUUACAUUUUUAAAAGUGGUGUCAAGGGCUUGUAUGAUAUUUAAUGUGCUUAUCCACAUACAUUCCUAAAGGAUAAUGUGAGCUUUAUCACAAUGUCUUUUUAUAAAGAGGAAAUCUUUUAGAGCCUUUUUCAUAACAAUCCUCUUAAAUGGAAAGCAAUAGCAAAAUAGUCUACCUGACAAACAAAAGAAACUAGUUACAAUGCAUUUUAUUUGUAGUGCCCUUUACAUCCAAGGAUCUCAAAGGCCUACACUAAAAACAAAGAAACAUCACAAUAAAGGGAUAUAAAAACAAACGAACUCGACAUUCACACCAAAGUCUUGUUGAGGAGGGUCACCCAAAGCUCCUGAGAGGAACUUUUAGUUUGUCAAUUUUGGCAAGCUAUUCUCAACAAGUAAGAGUUUAUUUCAGGUGAUAUAUUCUACAGUUAUAGCUAUGAACUAUGGUUUACAGCCAGUGGACAAAGAAAGGACAAUAAAAGCUCAAAAAUCGCAAAGUAUUUUCACAAUCAGUGUUUGUCUUACCCUAAGGGCUUUGACCAAUUCACAAAUUCAGUUAUAAGAAUAUAAAUACAAAAGAACAAUUAUUUUCAGAUCCUCUGUAAGGUCAGGUUAACUGAGGAAAAAUAAUAAACUGUCCUAGCUUGGAAGAGGGACAAGAACCCAUGAUUCAGAAUGGUAUGAGGGUUGUGGUAACUGUUCCCGGGCAGAAGUACUGCUUUAGACAGUCCACACACAGUCAGUGUAAUGUUGCAUGUGUAGCAUUAUGACACUGCAAUGCAUGAUAGUCAACACAAGAUAAUAAAACUUGUACAACCUUAAAUUGUCUUUGUGAGAAGCAGAGUUUAUGGUCAUGAGCUGUACAUGAAGUACAAGAAUGCUGAACAUUUGAUCAACGAAGUCAUCAGAGAAAGUCCAACAAAAAAAAAACAAAACAGAGAAUUGGAUCUAUAAAAAUGUCUGAUAUAUCAGAUGAAAUCUUCAGGGCUUUGACAUAACAAGACCCCUCACUGUUGAUUCUCAACCUUACCAGUAAGACACACAUCAAAAAGGAAUGUCUUGUGGAAAAAUGUAAUUGAUCAUUUAUCUCAUUUGUAUUCAGAUGAGAUGGUGAGAUUGAAUUAUAUCGUUAUUAUAUGAGAUCAUCGGCUCUGAUCUUUAUGAUCAAUAAAUAUAACCCAAUCAAUAUUUUGGCAUUUUAGUGAUAUAAAGCAUCUCAUCAAAUCUUUGAUAAUCUGUUUGUCUUUCAUUACAUAUAGGACCACUUAUGUCUUCUGAGUGCAGAUUUACAUUUUGUUGUCAAAACACAGAGUAGUAUCAGAGCAGUGUCAGAACAAGUAGACACAGUGACCUUAUUACAUUCUGAAAAAUGAAACAGGAUAUGUAAUAACAAGAAACCGACCAUGCUAUGACUGUGAAUGAAAGAGCAUUACAGAGCCUUUGUAGACUCUUCAGAUGUUUCAUAAUUGCUUUUAGGUGGGACCGAGAAAUGAAGGACUGUUGUACAAAACACUUAACCCGUCAAAACUGCAGAGGACUGUACUUGUGCUGGGCAGCCACCUAUAGCAUAAGUGUUUUUAGUGUUAAUGUAAGGCAGAAUGCUGCGACUGCUGCAGAAAAAUUGGGGAAAAAAAACAUACCUGCUGACUUGAGUUUCAAGGUAAAGCACCUGCCAAGAGAAAGCAUCAGAGAUGUAAUAUUAAACACUGCCCAGGGGAAAGCUGUGCAACCUCGGGGGGCAGAGUAUUUUCCUCUCUGACAGCCCCAGGGACAAGUGGCUGCUUCGGCAAUAAGACCUCAUGCAUCACAUCUGUCAGGAGGGUAGUUUGUAAUAAAGGCCUACCUUUUCUUGUUCUUCCUCUUGUUCUUGUUCUUCUUUUUCUUCUUCAGCUCACACCAACUCCAAACUGAAAGAUAUACGUAGGUUUGCACCUUUUGUAGAUAUAUGAAACUCAACACACAAUUUACAUGGUAAGAUGGAGACCAGAAAAUCUUCAUAGUCCCAUGAAAGGUUUCCAUAUGGUCUGAUCUGAUUCUGAUACACUCAUCCAUUUGGCCUUAAAUUUGAAAGAUAAAUAAUGUCUGUAUGCCUGCCAAAAUCCACAUAGGAACACCUGUGUACUCCUCUCAGUAUCUUCAAUGAAGAAGAUAAAUAAAAAAUGUAAAAAGUACAUGUUCUCUUUUGUGCAAUAUAAAGCCAGGAGAUGAAAGUGCACUGCUCAGCAGUUUUAAACAGCUUUGCCAUAUGCUUAUGGUGUUUCUUUAAAUGCUUUUUAUAUGAACAGACUGCUGGUUCUGUGAUGACAGAGACAGGAACAUUACACAAUACACCAGUAAAUGUCAUAAUUGCCUUGAGGAGAAAAAAGAUGCAGAGUAACCUGUACUGAAAUACUUUCAAACAAAACAUUUGGGGUGAUUUAUAGGUAAAAGUAAGAAGAAUCUCCGGUAUUGUCCAAGUUGUAAAAUGCAGGGCAAUCUUGAUGCUGCUUCAGACAGAACACUGUAAAAUAUAACUGUUUUGAUCAGUUUGACUUACUCUCCUGCAUUUUUCUUUUAUAGAAGUUCUCUCACAUUUUACGAAAAAUUUGAAUCUUUUAAAAGUCAUCAACAGUUUUAGGAAAUGAAGUGGUUACAAUAAGCCUUUGCCACUAAAACUUUUUGACAACUUCUAUUAUUAAAAAAACAAAAACAAAACAAUUACAUUGUAUGAGUUUUGGGGCUAAUAAAUACACUUACAUGUCACAGCAGAGUAUUAACAAAGAAAGAGGAUCCAAAAGGCAGACUCAAAAAAUACAGAUUUAACAAACAAGUGUUUCAAACCAAGGCAAUAUUAAAAACUUAAAUGCAGAUCUAAAGAACAGAACACUAGGGGCAGCGAAGAAUGCAGGAUCACUGAGAAUACACAAGAUGAUGACAAAACAUGGACAAACUUAGACAAUGAACCAACAAUGAAUGAGGGGAAAACAGGGACUAUAAACACACUGGGAAAUGAGCAACAGGCGAGACUCAUGAGUAAUUAACAAAGGAGAGAAAACUAAGGAAGUACUAGAAAUACCACACAGGGACCGACUCCUACAAAAUGGAAACACUGAAAACUUGUGUCUGUACUAUGCUGCUGUAAAUUUGGAAUUUCCCCCGUGGGACUAUUAGAGGAACAUCUUAUCUUACCUUAUCUUAUCUUAUCUUAAGAAACCAAACAGUAAGAAACAUGAACAACAGGAACAUAAGAAUAAUGAACACAGGAACAACAGGGAACAGAAACACGAGAAAAAAUUCACUAGGAAUAAAACUAAAUUACAAAACCAUGAAAAAACUAAACUACCUAGAAUCUAUCAUGGCAUGUUGUACAUGAUUUUGAGCUCCCUUGGAGUAAUACAGAUAAAAGAGGAAAAUAACAAGCAUUUUAAGCGCACAAAGUUCAGAAAACAAUUGUUUGUUACAUCAAUUUUCAUCCAUUAUGAAUCCAACUCUCAUUUGUCCCUUUGCUCCAAAGUUGCUCACCAUUUAAAGAUUGAGCAGUUCAUGAAAGAAAAGUACUAAAAAUAUGCAAUAUAUUUUAUGUAAAGUCAUUGCACAUUGCCCUCACAUAAUCCUCCCUCCAUCAAGACCUGAGGAAACAGCUCUUCAGUUCUUAGAAAUCCAGCAUCCUGAUAUUCGAAAAGUCCUGACAGUAUAUGUAAUUGUCAGGGCUGAUUUCCCCUGUGUGUAGAGGACAAAUUUGGCUCAGAGACAAGGACCCAGAGGGAUUGUGGGUUAUAGGGCUGGUAGUUCAAAUAUGGUAAGAAGACCCUUAAGUGAAGUGUUAAAAUAAAACUAGUGCUAUAACCAGUGCCCAUGCUUUCCCUGUUGAUAUCAAAUCCCCCUGUGCUCAGAACUAUGCCAGCACUUCUACAGUAUCCGUACUUAUAGUAAUGUUCGAUCUUUGCUUUUUCAUGUAUUACUGUUACAGAAAGUGUUACUUUCUCAACACUGAUACCUCAAAUAAUUUGCAUUUAUUCUUAGUGAACUAUAAAAUAUUGCACAUAAAAAAAGAUCUGUGGACUGUCUUACACUAAUCAUAUUGCUAGAUAUUGUUAGAAAUACUAUUGAUGAGUUUGAACUGGUUGGAACCUAGAUUCUCUGCCACAAGGGUAUCUGCAGCCCUGUUGAUGGAAGUGAACACAUUUACCUAAAAGGCAAAAUGAGCAGGUGAUCAAAAAUCCUUCAGCUGAAAAGAAAACAGUCACACUACUAAAUCUUUACACUGGGAAUUUGCAUAUUCCGUCAUAGAAGUGAUUAGCAUUUGUAGGCCAUCACCCUGACGAGUCAGCACCCAAAAUUCAAGUCAGUGGAAUGAAUUAUGACUAUAUUUUUUGUAAAAGGCCCAAAAUGUCAUUCAUAUAUCAUACAGGCCGUGGUCAUAUGUUGUGCUGAAGCUGUAGCAUAGCCUGCGUCACUGGCUAAGGAUGUAACUCUGGUCAAUGACCACUGCCAUGCUUUAGUGUUCUACCAUCUGUCUGUAAACAAGCAGAGCUGACAGAUGGCGUCUUGUGGUGUGGCAGAGUUUGGCAGUGUUUAGAUCUAAAAAAUGUUGAUAAAUAAUAAUAAAUAGUAAAUAAUGUGUCUGGUUGAGCUGGUUUUUAACUACUCUUGCAGAGCAAUGCACAACUAGCACAGGUAUAUGAACAGUAACCUACGAAGCGGACCAAAGUGAUAUUUACUCUGCUUACUGCUAACCAGCCAUGCUCUGCAAACCCAUUUGACAUUGUUUAGCCACACUCCAGGGUUCGAGUUAGGGUUAGGGAGAGGUGAUCCUGUCUUUAGCUAUUCGUGGUGCUGGUAUUGACUGUUUUCUGAGAGUUUUCCCACUUGUCAGGUUGUCAGGAUUAAAAUUGCACUGAAACAACUUAGAAGGACAGUUGUGUAUCUAAACAGCCCUACUCGUCCCUAUUUCUUAAAGCUUUUGUCAUUACUUAAAGGUAAAAAUCUCUUCCCUUGUUUUGUGCUAGUGCACUCUGCUCUUUUCAUCUGCUGAAUAUGUUGUAAAAGGAUGUCUGGCCAUAGUCCAACCAGUGGAAGGUCUUCACAAAUAAUAAGUCUUUCAAGCUUUAAUGGUAGCAGAUCUGGUAAACAAGAGUCACAAAAAAAUUGCAUGAUGCAUAUCAGUAAUAUGUAGCUGUUCACACUGUUAGAGCUUCGACAGAUCUAACAUAGAAAGUAGAGAGAGUCCAUCUAAGGUAACAGCAUUAUUUAUUUAAGGAGCUUGUGUAAUGUUGAACAGGUGUAGAAGUCCCUUGAUGGAUGGAUAGAUGGAUGUUAGAUAGAUAGAAUUUUUUCCGUAGUGUUUUACAACUUAAAUCGCAAAAAGUUCAUAUACAAUAGAGAAAAGUAAUAGCACACGGAUUCCGAUCAAACCUCACGUUUUGAUGUAUAAUUCGGCCUACAACUCUUCAAGCUGUAGGACUAGUAGGGAAUCAAAAUUUGUCCUGAAGAGGAAUAAGAAAAAUUCCACAGCAUAACGAUAGUGCCUUGGUGUGUUUGCCCUGAUAAUUCAAGGCAUUUUAACGAUAAUCGAUUUUAAGAGUAUCUCAGACAAAUUCAACACAUGCAACACAAACACACAACCAGUCAUGCUCAUUGGAGUCUUGCAUCAAAUACAGAAAACACCUGAACAUAAAUUUCUAACCAGCUCAAACUGUAGGAGACAGUGUCCACAGAAGGUUGGAAAAAUCUAAACAGAAGCAGGUAAACGAAAGGAUCAGCACUGAAGAUAUUAUCCAUCUGUUGUUUGUUCAAAGUCUCUUCAGUACCAAAAGCUGUUCCUACGGGUAGAGAAACUACAGUUGCCUGCAAACAUCUUGUUAUGACCUGGUUUGACCAUAUGCAGUUUCUUGUAUUAACUGAAUGUUGCCCUUGUCUCUUUGGAGCCUUGUGAAUCACCCCAGUAGAGGAGCUUUGAAUUUAUUUUCUGCUUCUCUCAGCUUUUGCUGGUAAAUUUUUGCUGGCGAAUUGUUUUUGUACAGUGUUCUUGAAUUGAAACAUGUUUUACAAUCAAAAGGAGAACACUGUUGGUUGAGUGGUUUUCUGAUUCCCCCUGAUUCCCCCUCUGUGGUUUAAGUGUCUUUUUGUUGUUAGUUCGAUGUGUGACAGCAAACCAAAGGGGAGGAUCUGCAAGAGGCCCAACGCUCUUCAUCAGGAGAAAUGCUGCAAAUGCUCAAACAGUGCGUGCAAAGUCAAAAAAAAGCUGUUAAAUCAAAUAGAUGUAGAAAUAAAAUAUUUGGCUCCAUCAAAUAUCACCACACAGGACGUUUGAAUUUUGAGAGAAAAAUAAUGUAAGGUAAAUAAGGGGUUAAAGCCCUAGCCAGAGGCUGUUUAUGAAUUGAAAUGCUGUUCAAGGGAGAUAAGAAAGAUGAAUCAUUAAGAAAAGAGGAUGUUGAUAUGGGCCUUUGUGGGGGCCGAUGUGAUAUGAUGCUGAGUAUGUGAAAAUAUUAUUAAUCAGCCAGUUUAUUGAUCAGUCAAUUAAUCAGUCUAUCCAUAAAGGUCCUUACACACCGGGACCGUGUGAUUAUUUCGGACGUCAAUAUUUUUUCCAAACCUGUAUCCUGUCAAUACAAGCGUUCACAUCAGCGACGUUUUCCUGUUCUGCAAUAUUGCGGCAUUUAUUUUUUUGGAUCAUGGUCGAUUUUUCUAAAAUUUUGCAUACUGUGUCCACUUCUGACCAAUCAGAUUGCGUGUUGUUGCAACGUCUGAUUCACCAGUGUAUCUGACAUGGCUGACCAACUGAUUGUUUAUGUGUCGGAGAACAGAGUGCUUUUUGAUAAAAAACACAAACAUUACAAAGAUAACGACCUGAAGGACAACUUGUGUAGAGUCAUAGCGUCAUAGCUCUCAUAUGACGAUGGUUUGUGUGCUUUAACAGUUUGCUAAACAUCUUUAUUUUAACUUUCAUCUAUGCUAAGUAACUUUAGCUCGUAAGCUAACCUGUUCGGAUACAACAUACCAUAUGUAUUUUCAGUGUCUCAAACUUUAUCGCGUUGCUGUCACAGCACCAUUAGGUCUCGGUUGUUACCUUAAGUUUAUGGAUUAUAGUUUAAUGUGCUUAUCUGGUACUGGCCCCGACUCAAUACAUGCUAUCAUGACAGACUGUUUUUCAGUUGUGUCUUUUUCCCCCCGGAAAGUCGCAAAUUCGCAUCGGGCUUGAUGUGUAUAGUCAGGUGUGUCAAAAUUCGCCUCUGAAUAUUUCAUAAUUUUGUGUUCUAUAUUCGCAUCGGCCCGGUGUGUAAGGACCUUAAGGGUUAAACUAUAUUAAACUAUUAUCCCUAAAUUAUUCUAAUUUUAAAAGUAAAUGUAGAAAUUGCUUUUGUUUUUGGCCGAUUCAAAUUUUAUUGAAAUUUGAAUGACAGGAUAUGUCACAGUUGUGACACCAGCAGAGUGAAUGAGACAUGGCUGUUAACUUCAAUUCAAAGUAAUUUAUGGCUGCGAUUUAAUUGAUUUUCUUUGUAUAAAUGAUCUGCUUUAAAAGAAUUAAUGUUACCUAAAGCAAACAGGGAAAAUUAGAAAAGAAAAAACAUUUUUGGCAUUGCUAUUUAAACUUGUUGUCACAGUUCAGCAAGUUUUCAAUUACAUAUUCCCUCAGAUGAGAAUCAGUAUUAAUCAGAACAAAUUUAAGGGGUUAAGGAUCAGGGAAAUAUACAGUAUAUGGGUUAAAAUUAUGUGCUUUAGAGUGUUGCAGAACACUCUCCCAGUCAAAGCAAUAGGUGCAGAAAGGCCGAUCUGUCAAUAAAGAAAAUGGUAAAUCAUAUAACAAGUGCUAAAGAAGCAAAGAGGUUUGAAAUGGUAAAUGGAGUAUGUUUUUACAGUGCUUUCUCUUGUCUUUUGACCACUCAAAGUGCUUUCACAUCACAUGCCACAUUUACCCUUUCACACCACACACACACUGAUGACAGACACUUUCUGUAGACGUUUGUUCCAGGCUGUAGAGGCAGAAGGUCAUUUUUCCCUAGUUGUGCACAAACCGAAGGAAGGAGACAAUCAUGAAGCACUUACAGCAUAGACUACAGCUAAACAAGUCAGAUGAUGUAAAUAGAUGAAAUAAUUUUGAUUCACUUAAUCAGAAGUUGUUACUUUACAUGUAUGUUCUGAUAUGUUGUUUAAUACCUAACUAAACAUCCCACUGUAUUGGCUCUAUGGAUACAAAUUUAAUGCAAAUUGUAAUAUAAAUGCAAUUGUGAGACUGAUCCCUAUUUAAAGCUGUAAGGUAGCUGUUGUAAACUUAAGUGUACAGGUGCCCCAGUUUUUGUUCCUUUUUUAUCCCCAGUAAUUGAUUAAAAGCACUAAAUUACAUUCAAACACAGUUUUUGAAACUUUGCCUUCAGAACCAUACUAAUGAGCUGUUGUUUGUUGUGAAGUGUGAGAUGUUAGUACUCUGUUGGUCUAUUGCACUUAUCCUCAGUGCCUGUUUUUGAGUUAUGCUGAAUUGUAGGAUUUAUAUACUGUAAAUAAAAUGACGUCACAUUCACCCCUGAUGAAUUUCUUUUAUGUCUUUGGACUCCACAUUUGGAAAUAAAACUGGCAAAGCUGAGUGCAUUUAUUUCACAAACUACCAAACAUCUAUUUGGGAGGUAAGAUGAAAAUAGUCAGUGUGCCAAUAAAACCCAAUGACCAUGUGAGCUGAAUGGAACAAGGUUGGAGGAAUCUACACAGAAACCUUUGUCCAUCUCCUAAACUGUGUUACCACAUGUAGAAACAAAUGCAGGGGUGAAAUAAUAUUAUAUCUAACAACACUAAAGGCUUCUGUUAGCUAGUGAUCCACUUUGCAUGAAGAUCUGAAAUGAGUUAAACAGGAGUCAUGACUGAGUCAUACAAAUACAUCUCCAGUGCAAAGAAUGAAUGGAUCAUAAAAAAACAACAACAGUGGUUCCUGAUAAAUCCAGUCUUAAAUUCUGUUUACUAAAAUCUACCUUCUUGGCAGGGAAAACAAAUCAAUGCAUACAGUUUAUUUCCCCUUUGACUGGAAUGGCAUUCAUCUGCCUUUAAUACUGCAAAGAGUACAGCUACAUCAUAUUUUCACAGUGACACCGGUGUAGCUGGACUUUGGACCUGUGGUGGUUUGUGUGCUAGUUUUGCUGUGUUUAGUGCUUGACUCAACUGGGGAUUCAGUCUUCAGUCAACAAACAGUCUGCAGCUCAGUCUGUCUCCCCCACCUGGGAAGUCCUGGAUCAAAGCGAUGAAUCAUUCCUUUUAUAUCUCUGCCUGCUUUAGUGAGUGUGUUUCUCUUUUAGUUCUUUCAGCAUGUGAUAACACUUAAACAUGAUGGAGUCUUUGAUCAUCUUUGUAGCUUAAUGCUCGUGAGAAAUAGCUGUUCUGUGUUCCAUCCUCAUAAUCUUUGUUUCGUCUUCGAUUGAAUUCACACACCUCUAUAUGACAAUGAAGCAGCUUGGGUGAUGUCUGUGGAUAUUCAGAGCAGAAGGAAAAGAAAAACCCAAAAUGUUGAUGUGAGUUUGACCUCAUUUUAUUUUGUCAUUGUCUACACUCCAAGAAUCAGACCCUGCUGGCCUUCAGACUUCCUCUUGGCAUCAUCCCAGUGGGCUUUGUGAAAAGUAAACACACUGUGCUGUGUUUUGCUCUGACAGAAAGAAGACUGAAGACUUUAACUAUUUAUUUUAAUCCUUCUUGACGUCUCUUCCUUGGUCAAAUCUUAAGUUACUAGAAUUGGAUGCUUUGUUUUAAAUUAUUAGCAGAAAAAAAAUCCCAAUGUUUUUCAGGGUUAUUUGCCUUAUCUUUGUUCUCUUUUAGAUCUCUAAGAACAUUCAAAAUGCUGCUACACAACCUUCUAUAAGCAGAACUGAACCUGAUUGUCUCAGAGAUAUUUGGGGUGACUCUGGAGGGCAGAGAGAGAGAGAGAAUGAGAGGGUGAAAGCGCUGAUGGUUACAUGGUUCUUGUCAUUUCCAGUGUCCCUUCAAAGGGGUCUUGCCCACAGCACAUCAGUGUUUGAACAAGCGAAAUGACAGGAAAUAGAUGUGACAACAUGCUUCAGCUGUGCCAAGCAUUUAUCACUCCAUAGUUGUUAAGCUGAACAAAACAGAAUUUUACAGGGAAAAAUGUGUCUUCUUGAGUUUGUUUCAAUGGUCGCUCUGUCUUCUGAAACAAUUUGGAGGACAUAAUUUAGAAGAUAUUUUCAGUGGUGUCUCAUGCACACAUUAUGCCUCCUCUUGGUAUUUAUUUCUUUAUGCACAAUGUGACCAUCAGAGCAGUAAUGAUUCACUUCUGUGAUUCACAUUUUUCUUUGAAAUAGCAGUUGCAUAUGACUGUAGCUUUCUGCAUUUCUCUGACAUAUCCUCUCAGCUUUUUAAUAUGAGCCAUGCUGACUGAUUACUGAUCAGUCUUUGCCAUAUGAAAAGGAUAAAGAACCAUGUUAGUAACAUGUUAUGAUAAGAAUAACCCCAUUAGGUCACUGGGAUGAGGGAUUGUGUAAGAUGAGAGAAUAUUUAAAUUUGAAGUGACUCAUAAUUAUCUUUACAUCCUCUCUCCCUCUGUUGCUGAUCACUGCCUCCAUUUCUGUCUUUUGCUUUCAUUCCAGUCUCAGGCUUGUGAGGGAACUGCUCCGGCUCUUCACCCCACCCCCCACCCCCAGUAUCUUAUUGUGUCGCACAGCUAUGAUGUCCUUUCCCCUCUGCGCCCAUCUGAUGGAGAGUGCACGCCCACCCAGAUAAAAUGCCUGUCCUGUUUGUUGCCCUGCAUCCCCUCCUGCCCAUCAUCACCUCCUCCUUCUCCUCGUGUGUACCUGUUCUCACCAACAGCUCCCUGCGGCCCCCAAGGUUCCGCCCUGUAGUGCUCCAACAUGGUGGAUGAGGUGGCCACCAUGAAGGAUGAUGUCAUCAACGCCAACACGCUGGCUUGGCUGGUCUGCUCAGGCGUGUCCAUCCUGGCCAACACAUGGAGUAUCCUUAGCGUCAGUGCCAAGCAGAAAAAGUGGAAACCACUGGAGUUCCUCAUCUGCACCCUAGCAGGCACGCACAUCCUCAACAUGGCCAUCCCCAUUACCAUGUACUGUGUCAUAACGCUGAGACGCCAGCACUCCAACUAUGAGUGGAAUGAGGGACUCUGCAAGGUGUUUGUCUCCACCUUCUACACUCUCACGUUGGUCACCUGUUUCUCUGUCACUUCGCUUUCUUAUCACCGCAUGUGGAUGGUACGCUGGCCUGUCAACUACAGGUAAGACAAUCAAAAAAGGCUCUGUUUGACGGGAUAGUAUGUUUCUUAAUGGGUUUUAUGAGAUACAUAUCUACAUGAAGAGAAGUAGCCACAGGUGAUGCUGGGUAGCUCAGCCCCUUUAUCAAGGAACCGACAGAGGAACUAGAGCAGAAGCUAGACUACCAACUGUUAUCUUUGGGGCCUGAUCUACACCAUAAUUUAUCACAUUUUUCACAAAUUCCAACCAUAGCACAAUUCUUGGUGUAAGUGUAUGCUCUAUUGGGAAAUGUAUAAGCACCCAACUCUGCCACCAGAAAGCGCAUUUAGUUUUUGCAGUAUUUGUGGAUACAAAACAUUUGUGCUCUGCUAGUGCUUUAAUCAGCUGUUUGUGUCUGUGAACUUUAAGGAGACAACAAGAGCCAAAAUGAAUAAUGUGUCAGUCUGCUUUUUAAUGUGGAUACAAGUGAACUUACCCGAGUUUAUGAGACUCAGUGGACCAACAGAGAGAUGGGAGAAACUUCUUUGCUAAGAAAGCAGAAGAGCAAGUUUUCUUGUGGUACAGGUGUCUAGACUAAGGGCUCUAUUUUGGUGCCUCGCCGGAGACGUGCCGCAAGCGCAGAGUCAAUCAGAUCCGCCGCGCUGACAAGGCGUUCCCAAGCACAUUUUGGUAUUUUGGUGAGCCGCGCAGCCCGGCGUAAGUAUCCCCCCUCCCUAACUCAGCUCCUCCCGGCAGCAUAAAUCAUAGAAGGGGAGGAGAGAGUGCGUAUAGGGGUUUAACACAGCCGAGACCUGUUUUCACCAAUCACAUAAGCUCCUCUCCUUGCCUUUAAAUCCGCCACCGGCGAGGCGUAUUACUAUUUUCAUGAAGUAGUCAAAGAGAUCAAGAGAUGUCUGAAGACAGCUAUGCCACACGAUGGCGACAGAGGGCAGCUGCUCAACAAGUGUCCUCCACACUCUCUCAUCUGAGCACAGAUAGAUUUGGUGUGCGUAAUGUUGGACCCACUGGUAAGACAAACACCCUUUUCCACAAAAAAGACACUCACAUAAAGUUGCAUAUAUUCAAACCUCACGUGACAAAGGUGGGUUUAGCGCACAGAUCACAACAUAAACUCCAAAAAUGGCAAUAAAAUCGGAACCAUCUGUGCGUAAAUGACGCAUCGCGCUCCGUGGCCUGGCUCUUUCUUUCAUAGAUGUUGGCAUAUAAAAUAAAUUUGGCCCACAGAACUGAAUAUUAUAAUAUCCGUAUGUCGGCUUAAAGUAGAUAACGCAUCUGAGCACUGAAACAAAUCAUCUGUUCAGCCGCAGCAGCUGCAGCAAGACGGACAGAGGACACGGAGACGUGUCCAGGUCGAGCUGUGCGAGAAAUAAGAGGAAGAAAGAAAAGGAGGGAGACACAUUACAUAUCUUGUUAACUUCAUCAUGUGUGUUUAUUUACUAGAUAUUUAAUUUAAUUUGAUGCAGUUUCAGCUGUAUUGAUUCGGUCAGGUUGUGUGCCCAAACGCGUGCCAAACGCGUGCCAAACGCGCUCAUCAGAUCAGAUAUAGAUCAGAAUAUAUCGAUAUAGAUCUAAAUGUAUGUGCUGACUCAGAUUAAUAGUUGUUGAUGAUUAUUUAUUGCACUGUAAUGUGCCUGACACUGUGGAAACCUGCCGGUGAGGCAUCAGUGACGUAUGUCGAUACGCCGCCGGUCUACCAAAAUACUACAAGACCAGCUGCGUUCCGCCUUGCGCUGAAAGCUGACCAGGUUUGAAUCGGCGAGCUUUCAGCGCACGUUACACGCCGGUGGCGAGCACGAAAAUGUCACUGCGCCAGCUGAUUCUGUCAACACCUCCCCCUGCCACGCCACCACGCCCAGCUUGGCGGAUCUCGGCUCGCCUCCGUGCGACUCAGUCCACGAAAAUACCAAACUCGCCUUACGCUGGGCUCCGCCAGACGAAAAUACAACUGCGCGGGGCUCGCCGCCCUCCGCCGCCUCACCGGCGCGAACGAAAAUAGAGCCCUAAGAGUUUAUGUCCCAGUACCAGAAAAAAAAAAUUAUAGCAGAUCAGGGUCUUCGGAAUCAGAGGAUACCAGCAGCUCACAUAUAGCUGCUGUCUGCAUCACUUGCCAACUACAGUUUCUUUUCCUCAGUGAUCAGAUUCAUGGAAAUGGCUUGGCUCUGACUGUCUUUGUUGUUUACUGUUGCAAAAAAGUUUUUCCCCUCUCUCAGUUUUAAGCUGUUGAGGGAGAAUACAGAGGUGAAACUACUACAACCAUCAUCAGCUGGGUGUUAGAAAAAUUUAAUUAGAUGGAAAAUAUCAAAAUUCACAAUUUAUCAGUGGGUCAUACGUCACAGAACCAGACAACAGAAUUGUGUGCUUCAAAAGGAUGAUCACAUCUGUGCCGUAACCAGCAAUAGUUGGAAAAAAGGUGCAUUGAUGAUAAAGUCAAGCACAGAAGUAUUUACAUAUAAAACAAGAAUUUAAACAGAUAAUUGUGUUUUGGGUGGAGUUUUUAAAAAAUUCUAAAGCGCAUGAUACAGCUGACGCCAUCUGCAGCAGUUGAUAGCUUUGCUUCUGUUCUGUUGUCAACCAUUUUUUGAACAAUGGGGUCAAACAGAAAUCCUGUGGAUAAUAUAUUUACUUUAAAAAGGUAUAUACACUUAUUCCACCUUACUUCAAUAAAUAGGAAUUCAGUCUAAAAUGUUCAACAAGCCAGAUACUGCAGAUUUCACUUUAUUAAAAAAUAUAAACGCCUUUUGUAGAUUCAGAUGAAAGAGCUAUGACUUUUUAAAUGCAGUUUAUAACAGAAAAUUUGUUUAGCUCCAGUCUUCCAAAAAUCUUUUUUAUUUUUUCAUUUUGGUGCCUUUGUUGUAUGUCUGUGUUAAUUCUUCAGGUGAACUGGUGUUUGGCUAUUAUCAUUGUUCUUUCUAUUACUGUUUACAACCGUUUUUGAGGAAUGAGCAGCAUCCAGUGAAAGCUCUCCUGUCAUCACAUCAGCUUGUUGUUUUUAUUUGAGGUAACACCAUGUUUAACUCUCUAGACUAAGCAGCUGUUUGGUCUCACUUUCAGCUUCAUUUGGUUCCUCACGACAUGCAGUAUUACCAAGUAACACUGAAUAAUACAGAUCAGAGUCACCUCACACUAACAGUCAGCACUUCGCUGCAGUAACACCAUUUUUGACUUGUUAGACUUCCAAGGCAUCUGCUCCUCACAUAUUAUCAGAUGUUGAGAGUAAGAUAGCUGUUUAGUUGAAGACCAGAUUUGAUACUCAUUUUGUCUGCAGUUAGAGAGCAACAAGCAAUGCCUGUCUGCUUAUGAUCUUAUGAUAGAUAAGGGAAGUUAUACUUUAUUGAUCCUCACUGGGGAAUUUUCCUUCUCACAACUGCCCAUAACAAGGUAAGCUAUUGGGAAUAAGGACUGAAAACAGAAAUAUAUGUACAUAGUUAAAAUGGAAAAAUGUUAAAUGUUAGAUUGCCAGGUAUAAAAGGUUGAUUUUUAGGUUCAUGAUAAUAAUAACUGCAAUGGCAUAAUUGUAUGGGAAGGACUAAGAGAUGCGUUGAUGCAUUAUCUGCAAUUGAGAUAAUUAUACAUUCGUAAAUAUGCUUAAAAUAUUUUAGAAUGAACAAUAAUACAAUACUAAUACUACUACUACUGCUACAACCUUGACUACUACACUACUACAACUGCUACUAUUACUGCUACUAAUAAUACAAUAGAAUAGGGUAGUAAAACUAAAAUGUUGCAGUUUAUCUUGCACCAUCAUCACAAAGAAUAAAGCUGAUGGGAACCCAACCAAUUUCUACAUUUGACACUGAUUCAUAAUUUAAAACUGGGGAUUUCAUGUUGCAUAUAUUGUACGGCAGCUUUGUAUUUAGUUUGUGAUUAAAUAGCAUAAUGAAAGCUCUACAUGAUAACUGCAGCCAGGAUGUAAAAUGCAGCUGAUAAACGUCAGAGGUCUUUACUUUGUCAUUCAUACCAUUUUGGUAGUUUUUACAGAGGAAUGAAACCUAAAGAAAAUAAUGUGUCAAGCAGAAUGAAAUACGAAUGAAAGGUGUGGUCACUGUGACGGAGCGUUGUCGUCACUGACUGUGGGCAGUGCACCGAGUUAUUAUGGACUCACACACGCACGCAGGCAGGCACGCACACACACACGCUAAACAUUCCCCCCCUGCCAGCGUCUUUAAUUACUGGGUAAACAUCGCAGCUUUUUCUCCUUUCUUCUCUGUUAUGUAGCGUAACCAAGGGUGCACACCUUGAGCUCUGUCUUUUAAUUUAAACAUACAUCUACGUGGACAUUGUUCCCUCCUCUCACCUGUCGACAGUGGGUCAUAGUCAUGCCUGCUCAUUGUGGCAAGCAAAACUGGUGGUAUGAAAAAAUUAAUCUCAAAUUGUUUGUCAUAAAUCUCUAAAAGUUUAAAUUAGUGUAAAAUCCUGGAUAAAAUGGUACCAAAAUGACAGUAAAAGGUCUUAAGAUUGAAAAGGGUCCAAAUGAUUUAAAGAUGAAUAAAAUGUGUUUUUCUCUAAAAUGAUGUAAUCAAUAACGCCCACUGGGUGGGGCUAUGUGGGUUUAAAAGAAGGAUGCCCGCUGGAGUUUGUUGCACUGCAGUUUACUUCCGAGUUGAUUUUGUGUUUCUGCUGUGGCUGUCUUGAAUGUGAAUUCAGGAGUCAUUGUAGAACUCUUGCUCUUUUUGGUUGUUGUACAUUUUUGUAAAUAGUGUUUUGGAUCAUUUUUUACCUUUCGGACAUAUUUUUGCGCUGCAUCUUGGGAGGCCGGCUGUGAUAAAUACCACCAUCACUGCAUUUUUCAACUAUGCCUGUGUUUUUCCACUAUACUGUGAUUGUUGUGAGCAAGCACCCCGCAACACUCAUCUUUUCAGGCCAAAAACAAAUUAUGGGUUAUUCAAACUGUGCAGAGACUGGUGCUUUGCUGCAUGUUGCAAAUAGCAAUAUUCAGUUGCCUUUGUCUUUCUCUCCUUCUGACAAACAAAGCGUGAUUGCGCUUCCUGUGGCUUUAGGCGUGCAGAUGCUCAACCUGCAGUCAGCCCGGCCAAUUUUGUAGAUAAGCAGACGCUCAAAUAAGAUAUGCAGACUUCCCUCUUAAUCAGUGCUCAAUCUUGCUAUCUGUACUGCUUGUGCAGCUGUCAUUAUUGGAUGAAGCCCACAGAACGAUAUCAGACUUUGCACAAAUACUUUUAUCUACCCCAUCUCUCUUGCAUCUGACUAUAUCCUCUUCCAUCUCCUGUUUGGAAACUUUGACUUUCCUCUCAGCGACUCUUGUUCUUGUUUUCAAGUCACUCUUAACAACGAUAUGGCAGAGUAAUAGCUCAGGCGAUGCACCGUGUAAUUGCUGUUCAUCUUUCAUUUAAAUCGCUUCACUUUUGCGCCGUUGAGGUAGUAUGGCUGCCUUGUGUCUGACGUUAACACACUCUGAAGGCCUGAAUUAUGAAUUCCAACCUUGUACUUGGGCAGCUGUUCUCAUCACUCUGCGCUCACAGUCUUUGAGGAGUUCUUACCCUGGCAGAGCUCUCUCUCUGGUAAUAGAUUCCAGCGGCUUUGUGACGUAAUCUCCAUCACAUGCACCCCAGGCACAUUCAGGAAAGGCUAGUAUAAUUAUUCACAGUGACAAGAAGACCUACUUGUCUUGGCCAAAAAUAAAGGGUAGUGCUGCCCCCUGUGCACCACUUAAAUAAUCCCAGUGCAUCUGAACUAAUGCAUUAUUGAUUUUAAUAUUUUUGACUACAUAUGAUUUUGCCCUAUUUUGUGUCUGAAAGUGAUCCAUUAUAUCUAGUUCAUGCUAUCUAAGAAGGAUUUCAAUGAGAAGGGACAGGAUGAACCACAUGGGCUCUGGCUUAUAUGAGGAGACAGACUGGGUCUUCUUUUCAGAGAAUUUCCUUUAUUCCUUCCUGUUGAAACAAGGCAGGAGAUGAACAGGAAGAUAAACUGUAGUAUUCUCUUUAUAUGCAAUUUUAAAGAAGACUAGUUUUUAGAUACUGGGCUGCAGAGAUGAUGAAAAUACAUAUUUAUCAUUUGGAGGUUUGCAUCAACAUACUCUACGAGCUAAAUAAGAAGUGGCCUCCAGAUAAUUUACCGUAUAUGUCUUGGCACCAUGCUUUCGGUAAAAUGUUUAGGCAGAGGAGCACAGACUUCUUCUGAGAACACCAGUUUUUGUCUGCCAUGUUUUUAGAUGUAUGUGAUGUGUUGAAAAGCUUGAAAAGAGCCACACCACCAGAGGACAUAAAACAUGCUCAGCAAAUUGCUCAACUGUAACAAUUACUUGGAGGUGAGAGGAAAUAGAAAUCCUUUUACUCUGAAAUAGACCCAGAUGACAAAUAGAGCGAGGGAUGUGAAAGCAAUCUUUUGCCAUUGGUGCUGCAUUGAUUUCCUCCUCUCAUCUCCAGUUUAUAAGUAAUGACUGUGGGGGAUAGAUCUGUUAAACUGUACAUGUCCUGGUUACAGAUGUGCCAUUUUGUGGCACUUUUCAGUAAUUUGCAUAGCUCAUAUACAAUGUAGUUUCAGUCUCAUCCAAAGAAAAUAAAACAUCUCAGUCAGAAUGCUCAUUGUCUGAAGUAUUUUCUGCACAUUGAAAGCUGCAAGGUAAUACACAGCCAAAUGGUUUAAAAUGAUGGAACUAUAUGUAUGUGCUGAAAAUACAUCCACUUCUAUCUCCUUAUUUGACUUUGGUUAAUUGUGGUUUAUUUUGUUCUUGAUUGAAGUAUUUGACACAUUAUAAAAGUGAUAAAAAAAAUCCAGUAAUUUGUUUUCAGAUGUACCAGUUCAGUUUUGCCAACCAUUUAAACACUGGAGGAAGCCACAGGACAUGCAGUGCCAGAAAAAUAAGCUUGUGGCUUUUUUUUGGUUGGAUGCCCAACAACAGUCUGAUUAAACAAAUUCUGUAUUUCUUUUUCCAGGUUGAGUAAUACCAAGAAGCAGGCGGUGCACACAGUGAUGGGGAUCUGGAUGGUGUCCUUCAUUUUGUCCACACUCCCAGCAGUAGGUUGGCAUGACACCAUUGACCGCUUUUACACCUCGGACUGUCGAUUCAUUGUGACGGAGAUCGGUCUGGGCUUCGGAGUUUGCUUUCUGCUGUUGAUUGGGGGCAGUGUUGCCAUGGGUGUGAUCUGCAUUGGGAUUGCCCUCUUCCAGACCUUCUCCAUUCAGGCAGGCCACAAAGCUGACAAGAACAAGUUCAAUGUCCCCACCAUAGUGGUGGAGGAUGCCCAGGGAAAGCGCAGAUCAUCCAUUGAUGGAUCAGAGCCUCUCAAGACAUCAUUGCAGAUCACCUACCUGAUCAGCGGAAUUGUCUUCAUCUACGACUUCCUGACUGGCUUUCCCAUACUGGUGAGUCAACCUAAACCAAUAUGGCUAAACAUAAUCUCAGUAGAGCUUGUAGAAAAACCAACCAGCUGAAGGAUUUUGCUGACUUGUCAAAAGGUGAAAUAUAAGUAUUCAAGGUUUAGACACAACAGUUUGUGACCUUUUUUGAGAGUCUCCCCAACUUUACAAAAAGAUUUAAGACUUGCUUAUCAGGUUGCAACUGUAGUUUUCUGUGUUUAUGUAUAUUUUGCAUCUUUAUCAUUGAUGUGCCAAGAAAUACAUGUAAUUUAAUUAAGAUUUCUGCACACCAAAUUAACACAGCUCAUGUCAUGACUUAACAUGCAGUAAGAAACAUAAUGGGUUCUAAUUCAGUGCCUCGUGGCGUGGCGUGGCGUGGCGUGGCAUGGCGUAGGCGGUGUAAGUUAGGUCCACAGCACCCAAGCACAUUUUGGUAUUUUGGUGAGCAGUGCAGUCCAGCGUAAGUAUCCCCACCCCCUAACUCAGCUCCUCCCAGCUGCGUAAGUAGCAAAAAGAGAGAGGAGCAGGUGUGUAACACAGCAGAGUCUUGUUUUCACCAAUCACAUCAGCUCCUCUCCUCACCUUCAAAUGUGCCACCAGCAAGGCGUAUCACAAAUUUCAUGAAGUAGUCAAAGAGAUGACUGAGGACAGUAAUGCCACACAAUGGCAACAGUAGGCAGCCUCUCAAGAAGUGUCACGGUAAGCGCUGCAGGACUCUCUAAUAAGCACAGAGGGAUUUGGUGUGUGUAAGGUUGUACCCACUGGUAAGACAAACACCCUUUUCCACAAAUAAAAACACUCACAUUAAGUUGCAUAUAUUUUAACCUCACAUGACAAAGGUGGGUUGAGCACACAAAUCACAACAUAAACAAAUUCCAAUAAUGGCAUUAAAAUCGGAACCACCAGUGCGUAAAGGAUGCAUUGUACCCUGUGGCCUGGCUCUUUCUUUCAUUGAUGUUGGAGUAUAAAUCUUAAGGACGUGAGAACAUCAAAUAAACAGGUUAUUUUAAAUGAAAGUUUAUUUCAUUUUAUUGUUCAAAUUUUCUAAGUGAAUAACUUGUCUGAUCAUGAAAAUAAAUCAUCUGGUCAGCCUUGCCACAGCAGCAGGAUGGGGAGAGGACAUGGAGACGUGUCCGAGUCAAGCUGCGCGAGAAAUAAGAGGAAGAGAGAAAGGAGGUGGGGGAUGAAUUAAAUAUCUUGUUAACCUUAUCAUGUGUGAGUGUCCAAACGCGUGCCAAACGCACUCAACAGAUAAGAUACACAUUAUAAUAUAUUGAUAUAGAUCUAAAUGUAUGUGCUGACUCAAGAUAGUUGCACAGAAUAUUGGUUGUUGUUGAUUAUAUAUUGCACUGAAAUGUGCCUGAUACUGUGAAAACUGCCUGUGCGGCAUCAAUGACAUGCCGCCAGUCUACCAAAAUACCACUAGACCAGCUAAACUCUGCCUGCGCUAAAAGCUGACCAGGUUAGAAUCGGUGAGCUUUCAGCGCACUUUCCACGCCACCGGCAGGCACGAAAAUGUCACUGCGCCAGCUGAUUCUGUCGACACCUCCUCCUACCAUGCCACCACGCCCAGCCUGGAGGGCCUCGGUGCGCCUCUGUCAACAAAAAUACCAAACUGGCUGUGCGCCAGGCUUCACCAGAUGAAAAUACCACUGCCUGAGGUGUGCCACCCUCCGCCGCGCCGCCUAUGGGCACGAAAAUAGAGCCCAAGAACUUGUAUACGUGCUCACUUAUGUUGAUCCCAGUUUUUCAAGGCUGUGUGCAGUAAAUUGUUGUGGAAACAGAAACACACACAUUCACUGUUCUACACAGUUUCAAGUGUCUGCAUUAUUCCAAAGAAAGGAAGUUGGCACGAGUUGGUCUGGACAGAAAUGUUAUGUGGAACACCCAGCAGUUUAAGUACCCACCCCAUGAAGAGGCUGUAGGCCUCAAGUGUGCUGUCCUGGUUUGAUUCCAACCUGCCUCCCUCCUGCUUUAUUUUUUUUUCUGCUCUAUCUAAUGUCCAAUCCUUGCCUGAUAACUGCAUAGAAAGCUAGAAAAAAGAAAAUCUUUAAAAACAAAUAAACCAAAAGAAAAAAACAGUUGAUGUGUACCCAGACCAGACUGUUUUAUUAUUUAUAUACAGUUCCUGUUUUUUUUUUCCUCAUCUGGGGCUGUAAGUAGGUCAGGCCAUGAGUGUGCUGCAUGUCUGUAUAUGUUUAUGUAUGGUCCACUGAGUGUGGGAGGAGUGGUAAGGAUGUAUUCUUUUUGUAAAGCAAAACAUCACAAAAAUGUCGGCCAACACUUGUGGAAAAAUCUCUACAGUUUAUGUGCACAGGUCACAGACCAAGUUUGGUAGUCAUACACAGCUUUAUCCAAGCUCUAGUGUCUAUUAAAGAGCCCUGGACUUUAAGAAGUGUUACUCCCCUCUUCCUACGAGGGAACCUGAUUCCUCAAGUGCAUUAUGACUGAGUGACAAAGGGAGCUCUAUCUUAGUGUGUUGCCAUUUGGUUGCAAAUUCUACCCUCAGGUCUCAUCCAUUUUUAACAAGUCAAUUCAUUGGUUUUCCACACAGACUUGAGAGCCUGUAGAAAGCUUUGGGCUUAUGUCUUGAAAUGCAGCCAAAACAGCCCUCCUGUCAUCUUAAAAGCAAGCCACUGCUGUGACUAUUUUCUCUUGAAAGGAAAAUGCCCUUUCACAGUUUUGUUUUUUUAUCGAAGCGAGUGCCCUCUGCUCAUGUUUAAGCCAUGAAGAUUACAGCGUGUAGUAUUCAAUCGCAUUGACCACAAAGUUAUUUCACUUUUAUGUUGAACUGGGAGAACAUUGUUUAUCAAAGGACCUCAGCUUCACUAUUUGUAUAAUUAAGUAAAGCGUUUGGGUUUUUAUAUCUUCUAUUAGUAGUAUUUCUCAUUAUUAGACUGAAUUGUCCACAUCUGAGGCAAACCAAAAAGAUGUUAAAUGUCACUAUCAGUACACACCUGAAAUGCAGAAAUGUGGAACAUUGUAAAACUAUGGAGAAAAAAAAAUUAUGUUAAUCUGUGAGAUAAAUGUUUUAUUGUUCUUAAAUCUGCAAUGCCUAAUUUUUGCCAAAGUAAACCACCAUGUGUUGCGAUGGCCUAAAACCAAAAAGCCCUUUUAUAAUAACAAUUCACAGCCUUUGACUGUUUUGAAAUGCACAAAAGAAUAGAUAAUAUUUAUGAAACUUUUCACUGAUGUUUCCAUGAUAAGUUGAUUGUAAUAUUUAAUCAACGAAAGCAUCUACUACUGUUAAUAUCUAUAUAAGAUUAGGAUAAAAUGGUUGUACAAAAGAUUUUAAAUAUCUGUAACCAUCAAUUUCUUUGCCAUGUCUUUUAAUGUUUUUCAUGUUGUUAUAAUGUUUGAUCAUCUUUGAAGGCCGACCCAAAGAUAGGAUAAUCUCUGUUAUUUUCCUCAUAUAGGAAGUCUGUCUAAAACUUUGCAGGUCCUGGCUUUUUAAGUGAUCUUAAGUUUGGCCUUGUAUACUGUAAAGAUAUUCUAGUGUUUAAUGAAUUUUAAUGUCUGCUCACCAAGAGCAAAGUAUAAACAUACCAAAAUCAAAUGAGCCUGAAAGUAAAUGUGCUUAUUUCAUGUGUAUCUGGGGAUCUCGGUAGCAGGAUCGUCCAGCCUUGGGGAAAAAAAAACAAAAGUUUUUUUUUUAUAUCAAACGGCAUUAGAAACACUUAACAAUUUCCUCUAAAGCAUCAAUUCAUAAGAAAACAUCAAUUCAUAAGAAAAUUUGAAGGUUGAGUUCACCAUUAAGCCCUUUUAGAGCCAGUGUUUGAAGAGUGUGGAUCCAGUGAGCCUCCCGCUGGAUUACAAGUUUGUCAAGGUUCCCUCCCCUGGAUAGGAGGGUGACUUGUUCAGUACCAAAGAAACGCAGUGAUGUAAUGUCAUGGUGUGCAUUAUUAAAAUGUACAGCCACAGGAUAGUCUCUGUCAUUGCGUCUUAUUGUGCUUUUGUGCUUACUGAUCCUCUGCUAUAGUUUUCUUGUUGUUUUCCAAACAUACAGGCAAUCGGCAACAUUGCCACACAGGCAAUGUAACAAGGAGAUUAAGUGUGUGGGUGCACAGGUGAUCACACAUUUGACUGGGAAUCUUGAACCUGUGUAGGGAUGAGAGAAAUUUUCAGUCUUAUGGGUAUUGUUGCACUGAGCACAGCUACCACAUGGAUAGUUUCCUUCAGGGCGUGGGAGGAGGUGUGUCUGAGGAUCUGGCAUGGAUACACAUUGGUCAAAAGUAGCACGAACUAGGAGGUCCGAAAUGUUCUUGCCUGUCUUAUUGACUAACAGGGGAGAAGCCUUAAAAACAGAGGAAAGGUCACUGUCUGACUGCAGAAUGUGUCAGUGUCAAUGUUCGUUACCUUUGUUAAUUGAGCUCUGACGUAGUGAUAAGAAGGUGCCUGCAGGUGUGAGGCCACCUCCUAUUUGACACGUCUUGGUCCUCUGAACAGAUUGUUUGCCUGAUGAAGGUCUAGAACCGAAAUGUUGCUAAUAACAUUGUUCCUUUCCUUGCAAGUUGGACAGUGUGCAGGUGUUUCCCUUUGAAUGAAUUGAUGGAUCCCUUGCUCUCUGAUGCACCUGCCCUGAAUUAUAUGUGUGCAAAGUUACAUCUCCAAAAGUUACCUCAGUAACGAGACUGGAUGAACUCUCCUAUUAAAUCCUUGUUGGUGGCAGCAGUUACUCUGGACGGAUGGGGACACAGAUGUUAAAGAACUACUACUGCUGUUUGUUGUUGAAAAAAAAAAAAACAGGGAAAUAUAUGAGUAAUUUCUUUAUUUCUCCUGGUUAUUGUACGGGGAAAGAUAGAAGAUAGAAAAUGCUGUGAUAGAGGAUAGAGACCAUCAAGCUGCUACACUGAUACAUUUGAAUUUAGGAUCAAAUGCUUAUUUCUGUUUUUUCGUAAGCUUAAAGUUGAUGUAUAAAGAUGAAGAUUACAUUCCUAGUGCAGUGCCAGAAAGAGAGCUGCUAAAGCCCUCCUUAUAACCUGAUGUAAAAAAAAACAUUUAAAUGAUUGGAAACUGUAACAUACAUGUAAAUACUAAGAAACAGAUGAACGCAACAGAAAAGAAUCACUACUGUGAGAAAACCGUUGAGAAAUUUCAUAUAACAACAAAGCUAUGAGUUAUCAUCCUCCCAAAAGUGUGUAUUUGUUGAAGAAAUUACACGUACGCAAUACAAACACUCAUUACAUAUAGUGUUUGUAUUGCGUACAAACACACACACACACAAACACACACAAACAUACACACACACAAGAGCAGGAUAUUAUUGCCGUUUUAAACAGUCUUAUAUUGAAGGUCACACACCGGUUAUUAAGUGUCUCAUUGUUAGCAUCAUGUUAUCAGUCUGUGAGCUUGAUGAGUUUAUAGCUCCAGUUGAAAACACACAGUUGAACAGAGAUAAAACUGCACCACUGAUAAGAAGCUUAAAAGAACAUAAGAAGCACCUGUUGAAAGAAAGGUCAUCAGCUGUACAAGCAACAUAACCAUAGAUUCCACACUCAUAAUAUUAUCAUUAUACCAUCAACAACCUAAUUGUGUGACAAAGUGAUGCCCCUGCUGUUCAAGGUGUAAUUAGGACAGUAAUGAGUUUUUCUUAAUAAAGUUAUCAGUGUCUUGGCCGGUGCAUCAGAGAUUAGGAUCAGAUACUGACCUGUCAGCUUUAAUGAUCGAUAAUUCGUGAUUGUGCUGAGGUGUUAACCACAUUGAACAAAUUGGCGCAAAAAUACAUCCAAUGGCUGAAUUCAGAGAUUAAAUAAACAAGCUGAUUGUAUGUGACCUUCACAUAUAAGAUCAGGCAUGGCCUUCCAUCUGUACUGCCUUUUAAACAUGUACGAAAGCACAAUUACACAAUAUCAAAUUUUAAUACCAUCUGACACAGUUACAACCAGUUCACAAAGGUUUUUCUAAGUUGACACUCAGGCAGAACCUAGAAAAAGCUCUAUUAGGAAAAGAGAGAGGAUUGGAUUAAUUAUAAAAGCCAGACUGUGCAAGAAUUCAGCUGGCACCUGUUUCCUAGUCCAAAACUUGGAAAAGGGUUCAGUCCCAAAGUAGACAUAAAGAAGGUGAAAUUGCUCAGUCAAGUCCAUGUAUUUCAUUGUGUACAGAAUUUUUAUAUGACAUAGUUAACUGCUCAGAGGACUCUUUUAGCUUUUAAGAACAAAGUACUACAAAUAAAUUAACCUUUGUACUUCCUCUGCUUAUUUAUACUUAUUAUGUGCAAUAAUUUGUAUAUCCUCCAAGUAUACAAUGAAAGUACAUUAGGGAUGGAAAUGGGUUAAGCAACCUAUUCAGCUUGUCUUCGUCUGGAGAUUAAAAACAAGGGGAAACAGCUAGCUUGUUGGACCUCUCACUUCCCCAUAUAGCUCACUGAUUAAGAGUAAUCUGCCUCAAGUUUUGUGUUGUUGACAAAUGCAAGCAUUUAAAUGAAAAACCCUGAUUCCAUUAGUCUCGUAAGUGGAAGUGUUGACCACUAUCAUGGGUAACUUAUUGAUACAGGUCUCUCACUAAACAGUUGUUUUUAUCAUCUGUACUUUCCAAAUACAAAUGUCAGCAGCUAACUUUGCAAUCAUUCAUAAAGCCAUGAUAUCGUAAAUAGACUUAAAAAUGAUCUAUUUUGGUCUUUUAGUCCCUCAACAAAAAACGAUUGAUAACAAAACAGGGUUAUAGGGAAAAAAACUGCUGCAGUGGACAUUCUAGUAUUUUCUGAGCACUGACUUGCACAUCAACAGGAUCUAUAAAAUGUAGUAGCUUUGUUAAAAUUGUCUACUGACACCUCCGUACACCAUAACAGCUAAUUUAAUCUUUGUCUAUCUCUCUUUCGAUCCCAUCCAGGUGGUGAGCUUUGCCAGUCUAAAGUUUGACCGCUCCUACAACUGGAUGGUGUUGUGUGUGCUGUGGUGCUCCAUUGUACAGUCCAUCCUUCUGCCCAUGUUCCUCUGGGCUUGUGACCGCUAUCGGGCUGACAUCCGCAUGGUGUGGGAGAAGUGUGUUGCAAUCAUGUCCAACGACGACGUGGAUGAGGGUAAGACAUUGCUAGCUGCCACCCUGUUUUCCUGCUUUCUUCACUUGAUGAAGUAAACAUGAGUAAUAAGUCCUGUGUCCAAAAAAUAUUUAAGUAUGAAAUCUUUGUAGCAGAUUUUUAAAUGAAUCUGAUUUAACAUAAUUAAAGUUACGGUUUAAGCAUAUGCACAUCUCUCUGGGUUUAGAUACAGGGUGUUGUUUUCUGGACUGUCUUUGGCUGUAGGAAUAACAGUGAAAAAUGUCAUUCAUCAACCUGAAUAGUUAUGUCUCUUUACCGAGGAUGUAGUGCUGAUGGGGAAAAAAAAGUGGGCUAAGCAUCUAGUAGGAGGGAAACAGAGGUUAGUAUGGGGCUAAGGGGAUCUGUGGUGUAUUGCCUGUUAUUUGAUUUCCACCCCUGCUCCAUGCCGUAAUGUAAGGUGUCAGUCUUCAGACAUAGAUUUGUUUGCCAUUGGUCAAUGUAUCAGCCACUCGGAUACAGCAUAUUUAACAACACCAACUACCAAUUCCCAGGAACUUUAUAUUCCUGUAAUCAUAUUGAUUAAUGAUGAAUAAAGUCAGCUAAAAUCAAAAUGUUUCUUUAAUGAAUAACAUCAACUUUGGUUAUGGUUCUGUUGCCACCACAGCUGAUUUUGCACACAGUUUUUUGUUCAUGUUCUUUUUGGGGGUAUACUGGUGCUUCUGCCUUUGACCAUUUUAAUCAAUAAAAAAACUUUUUUAUUCAUAUAGUGCCAACUCACAAUAAGUGCUAUCCCAAGUGUUAAUGAAAAAGAGAGGGGUAAGCAAGAAAGAGAUGGACAGAGGUGAAACUGAUUGAAGGAGAUGCAAGAAAGAGGCUAGAAAUAGAAUAUGACAACAAUUAUCUUAUCAGAAUCUUAUGUAGUUGUAAUAUUACAAUAUUCAGGUCAUUCAUCACAUGUAAAGCUAUUAACAAGGGUAUUUUUGCAUUUGGUUGAACUGCAUGACAGCACGACUUAAUUUGACUGUGUGGUUAUGAACGUCCCAUAGGGCCACCCUUAAUUUUGUGAUUAUUGUACAUGUUUCUGAAAAAAGUGUUAUACAGAAUACCGAGUUUGCUUUGAAUGGUUAAUACUACUAACAUGAUCUUUUUGCUGUGGCUUAAUGUUUGGAAAAAAGGGGUCAAUGUUAUCAUGUGACCUAUUAUGUGACCUUUGUUGUCAGAAAAUGAAACCGUUACAAGUGUCUGUAACACAACUCUUGACAGUAUGGUAUGUUUUUCUUUGUUAUUUUUGUCAGUGAUGUGUACUUCAUAAAAUGCUUUACUUUAUCUUGCUGUGAGAUUUAUGUCUUUACAAAGAAAAAGAAAAAAGGGUUUCCUACCUGGUAGCACUUUUUUCUUUUUCAUGCCAUUAAACAAGGCAGUCUUCCUCUACAUUGCCAUGAUAUAUGAGGAAGAUAAAAUAAAUGGUACUCCAUUUAUUUUCUAGGAUCCUGAUACACUGAACAAUUGCAGUAAAGCUGAAAAGCAUUUUCAUGUCAUUAUGAUGGUCAUAUUUCCCUCAAGUCACAAAGCAAUCUACCAUUUUUUAUCCUUAAAACUAACUGCAAUGUAAUUUAAAUGAAUGGUGUUUUUACUUUUUUGUUUUUUUAUUUCUGUUUAGUUGGAGUUUAUUUGAGUUUUGUGUUUUGUUAGAUUCCAACUAACUGCUCAGAUAUAAGUGAAGCAAAUUUCUGUAAAAUAACAGAGACGUAGAAAAAUGGCUCUUAGUAGACAUCUGAAUAAUAGAUAAAAGUAAAAGAAAUGGUCCAAGCUUUGUUUUUUUAUGACAGAGAUAUCAAAGAGGGUUGAAACUGAGACGUUUCUUCGAGGAGUCACAGACACUUAAUUUGGUCCUAAAUUAGGUCACAUGAUAAUCAUAGAAGAGCUCAUGAAGUGCAUCCAUGACUAAUUCAACAUAAAUUCAUGCAGACUGAUGACAUUAUGAACCAUUUGUUUUUCUUUCUAUUGGCAAUGUUUAAACUCAACCCAACCUGUACCCUUCUCUCCUGUUUCUAACCCUCCAAACCCUCUGAUUUCCUUCCUCUUUACACCCUCCCUAAUAACUGCUCAUUGUCCAGCAGGAGCCAUAAAACAACUCAGGGCAGGCCACAUUCUGUCUGAUAAUUAACGCUGCCAGGUCUCUGCUUUUUUCCAGAGGGCUUGCCAUGUAUAACUCAUCACAGUUGUAUGUAUAAGGAUUGUUUCCUGUUUUACCAGAGCUACUGACUUGCAUGCCAAGCUGCUUGUGCAAAAAGCUACUUUCAUCUUCCAUCUUUUUGGCCUACAUUUUUCUUAGUAUAACCAUUUUACUCCAAUCUACAAUUGAUCUUUAAGGAACAUGAACACAGUCACUGAGACCAAACAAACUUUACUGAUGAGUAGUAAGAAAUCUUGACAUUGUAUGAUUUUGUUGAGGAUAUAUGAGCUCUGGGGAUUUCAAGAUUAUUUUAGUCACCAUUUGGUUUAGUUUCUGAGUUCAGGACCAAUCUUGGGCGUUUCUCUUUUUUUUUCCCGCUCCUACAAACCAUUUGAUUUGACAAUCUUGAUACUGACAAUUUUUUAACCAAACCACAUAUUUUUAUGAGCAGACCCAUGUGAAAAGUCAACUUUCCAGAGAACAAAUGAACUUGUCUCUCUUAUCUAUUCGUCUGUCUGUCUGUCUGUCUUGUGUAUUGAGUCCGUUGCUCUCUAAUCCUGACGCUCGUGCUUUUCUGCACCUUGCAGAAAACAGCCAAGAUGGAGGAAUACAUGCCGACUUAAUAAAUGACAGACCAUAUGACUAUAGCUCGUCGCCUGAAAUCGUGACGGUAGACCGUAAUGCCAAGUAUGAGUUCUCAACCUUAGAAAGGGGGGUUCUGCAAGGGUAUCCAUUGAGGGAACAUCAGGAAGAUAAAAUGCAGUAUUUGCAGGUAUAUUUUCAUUGAUUUCCUUCAUUUCUUUUAAUUGAUCAAUUGAACUAUUUUUACAUGAAACUUCAUUGCUUAUGUGCAUGGUGAAAUGGCCUCAUUGGCCUUUACAGUAUUUUGCUUGAACUUGAAUCAUCAAGACAUUCUGUAAUGUUAUCUUCCAGAUCGUCUACUUUGUACUAAAUCAAAAAAAUACACUCUGGCUGACUAAUGUUUGGUAAAUAUGACCAUCAACAGUCCCAUCAGCAUAUUCAAUGUUCUUCAUUUAUCACUCUGUCUUGGUCAUGGACAUGCAACUGACUAAAUUUCUCUUUUGUAAGAGUUGAGUAAAUGAUUUACUUCCCGUAUUUCAGGAGCCUUCCCAAAAUUUAGGAAAGCACCAUAAACAUCACAUCAUGUUCUACCCAAAACAUAUCUGGCAUCCAUCCCAGUCUAAUGCAGAGCUGUCGGAAAAAAAAAAAACAAUCCUUUUCUUUCAACCGUAAUAAAAACCAAAAAUACCUGUUCAGACAUGCAGCCUUCUAGGACAGAAUAAAAAAUCCUCUGAUCUGCUUUGGUUCCAACAUUGAUUUGACCAUGAUUGCUGUCCCUUGGUCAGAAAUCUGAUGGAUAUUGACUAAAAUUGUAGCUUUAAUUUGUAAUUUUGAUUAAAAAAAAUCUCACUAGACUUGGCCUGCAAGACUGUGGUGAGGAUAUGUUAAUACAGAAACAAGAAAAUGCAACCCACACUAUGCUGUCUCUUAUAAACUAAUAGCUGUGUCAUCUUUGUGGCAGACAACUAAGCAAGGGCUUUGGUGUCAUCAGAAAAGUCUGCAGUCAAAACCCUUUUUGACUGCACUUUGUUAACCACUAAUAGUAACAGAAAUUAAAUUGCUGUUACGUCACUGAUGUCCAACACAAUGUAGGACAUUUCAAAUACCUUCAGACUUUUUCAGAAGCACUGAAACAGAGAUGUAUACAGUAGCUAUCACCUCAUUAGGCCAAACCACUAUCUCCAUCCAUCGCUUUGUGUAUCACAUCUCUCUACAUAGUCGUACAGUCAUUGUUUAUAAAGUAGAUUUAGCUGUGCUUGUUCUUUAUGUAUGUGUGUGUGAUGGUGAAAUAAAUAAGGUGCAUUGUUUCAAUUUUUAAUUUCAGCAACAUAAAGACUUGCUGAACUGUGACUAUGUUGACUCUGCUGGAAGGGUUAAGGCCCAGCUAGAUCAUAAGACCAACCUCUUCAAACCAUGAUCAUGUGGCACCUCCACUUGUGAAGUGGUGUGAUAACCAAAUAAAGCCUUUUUUUGGCUUUAUGGCUUUUUGUGAUGUGCAUUUGUUCCCUGUCUCUGUCCUGCUGAGACUGUCCUGCAUCCGUUCUCAUUCCAAUGCUUGUGCUGCCCUCUGCUGUUGAGGUUUCCCACAUAACACACUCAGUGCUACUGUAUCGUCUUCUGUCUCAUUUCUCUGCAUUUACUAAAAGCAACCACAGAGGGGCAGGCUGAUAUCAAUCUUGUGGCUCUUGACGUCACCUUGACAAACCCUCUCUCUCUUGCAUAGUUGUCAGAACAGAAUGGAAUGUGAGUAUAACAUGGAGAGCUCUGUUUUUUUCCUCUUUAUCUCCAAAAAAUGGAGGUAAACAGUAGAGCAGAUAUAAUCUUGUCUGCAUGUUAUUAUGUCUAAGGUAGUGUUUACAUGCCUAAGGGAACAUUUAAAUCUAAGUUGCACUUAACAUCCUGGGCAUACAACUUGUAUGUGCAACAUGUAGGAUUUGACACUGACACAACAACUUUAUCAGAGUACCGAACAUAGCACAAAUCCACAAACAUGAAUACUUUGUGUCAUGAGAAUAUUACAAGAAAGAUUUCACUUCAGCUUUAAAUAAAGAGCAGUUCAUUGUGACAGCUACUAUUCAACUACUGCAGAGUAUUAUUAAUCUUCAAAAUUCCUACAAAGAUGUUUAAUAUUCUCAAAUAAUUUUUCAUACCAUAUCAGUUGAUUAAUGUGUUCAUCUCUUUUGUUUUAAUGAAGAUCUAUUGGUGAAGUAAUUUCAGAUUUACUCAUAGACUAAAGGGUUUGGUUUGUGUGUUGUGUUCAGGUGCCCCCUACAAGAAGAUACUCCCACGACGAAACCGACAUGUGGACCAGCGACCUGAUCCCCUCAUACCUGCACCGAUGGGGCUCCACCGAGGACAUGAUAGUGAGUGCCCACUACAGCUCCACCUUGCCGCGCCACGAGAGGCGCAGGAGCAGCCUGGUCUCCUACCAGGAGGAGAGCCACCAUCAUCAUCACCAUCAUCAUCAUCAUCACCCACACCGCAAACGGCGACGCUCUGAGGAUAGUAUGCACUCCCUAAAGCACCUGCCACGUGUGGUUUGUGGAGGGGAGCGCUAUGAGGAUGAGCUGCGGUGUUUCAGCCGUGAUGAGGUGAUUAACUUUAUAGAUGAGACACCUCUGCCGAGUCCCAGAAAGAGCCCGCGGCGCACGUCCGCCAUCUCACUUAUCCCUCAUGUGUAUGAACAGCCCAUAGUCAUUCUUCCCUACUUCCCACUUACAGACUUUGACCGUGAGCCUCAAGCACUCAGGCGACUCUCUGAACACAGAAGAAGCAGUAGUCGGGGCAACUCACCUGAGGGUUCCCCAAAACCAGACAGACCUGCGACAAAGAAGGGCCCUGGAGUGUGUGAUUCAGGUAAAGACUGCCAAGAGCUCUCACGGGACAAAAAACAGCAGUGUGGAGCUGGCUCACCUGGGUGCCGUCAGACUCAGGGGCAUUCUGUCCAUAGGCUAAGGACAGGCGGGGGGACUGGGGCAGGUGCUGGGAGUGACUGGGGGCAACAGAGGCACCUAAGCAAGGCGGAGGGCAAAGGAAGCACAAACAGUUUUGUAAGCACACCAUCAGCAUCCUCCUCGGGGUACAUUACCUUUCAUUCUGACUCUGUGGGCUCUACCACCUGAAAGGAAGUUUCCCUUGUUAAUAUCAACACCAUUGGUGACCAUAACCUGUUAUCACCAUGGAAUCUUGCUAAAUUUUGAAAAAGUAACCUACUGAAUCAUUUGGAUUUGUUUUUGCCAGUAUAUUCUUGCUAGGUAUAACCACAAAUCAAACAAAAUUAUGCCAAACAAUCCUGAGAUGAGGCCUAAAUGUAAGUCUUUGUGUAGGCUUUGAAAAGGUUGGAUGGCCCUUUUCCCAGAAUUGACAUUGAAUUAUCAACCAAGGAAACUUUUUUUGCGGCACAGUCUUUAAAUGACCUGAACAUUCCCACACCUUGUUUUUGCUGUUUGAUGUUGCUUUUUAUGAAAUGUUUAAAGACUUAAGGGAGGUAGUUGUCAGAUUUGUCUUUUUUAUGUGUUUCUUUUAUUAUUGCACUCUGAAAACCUUAACUUAUAACUGUGUUUGUUUGGCACCUGAUAGCUGUGUGUUUUGUUUUAUCGGCACGUUUGCUUUAAAACAAACUGUCCAUAGAUACUAACCAAGUACUUUGAGAUCAUCUUCAGAAAAUGACUUAUUUUGCAUUCUGGUAUUUAUUUUAUUUUGAAAAUGGUGUAAAAUAAUAUUUUAAUACUAAAAUUUAAGACUCAUUCAAAGCUUUUAAGAAGCCCCCUUAAUUGAAGUACUAUAAACGUGGUUCUCCAAGGCCUAACAGUUCAGUUUGAGAUCUGGAAAUGUAAUGUGAAGGCCCCUGAUUCAAAAUGAAAACAUAGUCAUUUUAGUUUACAUGGCAUGUAUAUAUGAAGGACCUCAGGUUUAUGGUUUGGUUGUCCUUUCAAAAUUUUCCUCUCAAUUCUUAUAACUGUUUGUGUAUGUUCGUGUUAACUUUUCAUCAGACACAACAGUUACUGCCAACAAUGGAUAUUUACACAAGGAACAUCUGACCAAUACUGCAAGUAAUGGUGCUCUUUCCCUAUGAACUUAGCAUGUCAGCCUGACCUUGUCUCAUAUAUGUUCCAAUAAUGUUUUAAAGCCAAUUAUGGAGAUGUCGAAGGAUCCAGAGUAGAUGUAGCAUAACUUCAAGGCUGGUAAUGUAACUAAAUCAACAGGUAGAAACAUUGUGAACAGAUACAAAAUUGAGUUGCCUUUGAUUGGAGUAUCAAUCAAUACUCCAGAGCAAGUAAUUUACUUUUUCAAACCAACAGAUAAAUAAAGUUGACAUAUUAUUUCCAAAGUAUGUCCCAAGGCAACUUACAUUUAUUACAUUUAUUUAUUUAUUAAUACCCUCCAUUGAAUAAUAAAAGAAAUCCUUUAGCACCUUCCAGAAAAAUAAACUUAAAAUAAAAUAAACAUUACUGAAAAGCCAACCUUUCCUGGCAUGAAUGCUUUAGCAAUUUACAAACUGGGGCAGUUUACUGACCAAAAAGUGAUGAUAACUUGCUCUGGUUUGACUUCAAGCUUUGGCUUCUUUUUGCCAGGACAGUGUGAACAUGAAUGUAAUUAAACUGAUUAGAUUCUAGUUUUUCAAAGAAAUUAUUAAGACAGGAAAAAGUGAAUUUCCUUUCUCUUCGAAGAAGCUGGUUAACUUGUUUGUUACUACCUCCCAAUUGAAAUUUUUGCUCAUCAGUGGUCAUUUGAAACACUGAGUUAGAAAUGUUAUCUUUAAGUGUAGCUCUCACCAUUUCAGGUAAACCAAUACAGUUGAACAGAUUUGCUGAGAUUUGUUUGGAGCAUUACAUUUACCUGUCAAACUAUGCUAUGCCAUAGAGUUUUGCUCUUUUGUGUUCACAAUAUUGAAAUAUAAUUUUGUAACAUAUUAAAUAUAAAUGAUUUAAACAGGAAUGAUAUUCAAUGUUAUGAUUUUUUGUUUAAAUUAUGAAUCUGUUGAAAUAUAUGAUUGAUUAAAUCCACAUGAUGAUGCUUAAAGGUGUGUUUUUUUCUGUUUUUUUGCAGAUGCUGUUUACUUAUUUGAAUUUGGUUGUUGCCAACAGGAUCAUCUUUUUUCUCCCUCUGCUCUCUGUUCAUUUUUUUACCUCGAGUUGAGUGCACCAUUAUGAACUUGUCAAAGACAGAUCUUUCUUUAUGUAACACGGCCAAACAGGAAAGAAGGGUUCUUUGGCCAACUUUUUUUUUUUUUAUGAUGAUUGUGACCGAUCGGUCUCCCUGCCGUUGGAAUUAUCUAUAUGUAAGUUAGUAUAGCCAAUGUAUGAAAGAUAAUCCAGACCCGGAUGCCUUAUAAACCAUAUUUAGGUGUAGCAAAACAUUUCUGCCAGACCUUCUAUAUUGUAUAUUAAGAUUCAAAUAAAUAGGCUGAGGUGUGUGUCCAAUUUGCAUUUCUUCAAAAAGGAAAAUUAAUGAUGAAACAACAGUGAAGACAGGAUAGAUAGCCCUAAACAUUGACAUUUCUUGGUUACAAUCAUUCCAAGGUACCGCAGUAAGGCAUGAACUUUUCUGUGACAAAACUGCUUUGCAGGAUGCAGGCGGAGUUGUAAGUUGUAUGCUGUGUCUUUUCUUGAUCAUUUGGGAAGGAAAUCUCUCUUAUUGUUUCCCGCUUUACAUUUUUAAGGAACAUGAGCUUUUCUUCAGCUCUUCCUCCUCCAUCUCAGAUUUUUUGUGCCCCUCACAGUUAGCAUUAACACAAGAUCAUGAAAAUAAUACUGGAACACAAAACCCCUUUUAUUGUAGCAAAUAUACAGGGCAUGCACAAUCUAGAUUAUGUUAUGAUGACAAUGGUGCAAAGCAUAAGGCUUUUGAAGAAUGGUCUUUAUGAUCUUAUUCAGCUAAUCUCUUUAUUACUCAUCUUUUUUUAAUAUUUUGUCAAGGCCUGUUACUAACAGCUGAUCCUGAACAUCAGGGGUCUUUUUUUCUGGUCCUUCUUGAGUUUAAGUUUUCACUGGCUGACUCUUACAAGGAUAAAUACAAUGAGAAGGAGGAAGGCAAAAGUUAACAUUCACAUAGUUGUUGUUUUUUAUUAUUAGUCAACAAAUGAACUUGAAUUAAAACAACUUUAAUUCAGAUAAACUAUUAAAAAACAAAGGGGGCAUCUUUUGAGAUCAGAUUUUCUCAGUCUCAAGGCCUGAAACCAAGCAGUAGCAAAGCCUUCAGUUUCUGAAGAUAGAAGAUGAAAUUGUGUCCGAGGUUUGGAGGUGGAUGGGCGGUACUGUCAACAGAAGCAUCUCCUCUGUGUAAUGCUCUGGUUUCUCUGAGCUGGCCAACCUCUGAGCUGAGAGUCAAGAAUUACACAGCAGACUGUCACAUCCUCAUGUCAUUCUUUGGUUACUCAAGUGACAUCGUGUGGGAUAGAGACAGAAGAGCAACAGCAGCAGUCUGUCUCCAGCAAAGACAUGCAUCAGAGUGUGACUCACAUAGAGCCAGGCUUAGUGUCUGACAGGGCUGCAGAGGCCCCAGUGGAGGAAACAUCUUGAACCACGGAUGCAGGUGGACUUGAAAAUAUUGUUAACUGAACAUAGUUUGAUCUUCAAGGCAGGAAGCACAUGGGUCAGUGUUUUGUGUAUGUCUUGCACGGGUGCAUGCUGUAUUUUUUUUCUUGGUGCUGCCAAUGUGUCCACCAUGGGGAAAUUACAGAGAGCAUCAGACUCAGUUCUGAAAUGUCAACUCUGCAAAACUUUUGAGGUAUUUUUUUUUCCACCAAGAGUGGUAUGGUAAGUAGAGAUCUCAGUCUGAGAACUGAGGUAAGUGGACAGUCUUCAUUUCAUCAUCUUGUGUUGAUAGUGUCUCUUGUAAUAAUCAGUCCUUAAGGCAAAGAAUGGUGAUCGGGAUCUCUAACAUAUCCCAACAGUGUGUAGACAACUUGUAGGGUCACUUUCUGUUGAACAUUUUUAUUCAUAAAGAAGUGUUUUGUAUCUUGA